AUGGCGCAGUCAUAUUCCCAACCCCAGGCCGCCCUGGCGGGCUUCCUGAAUUCAAUGCAGCAGGACUCGAGCAUGUCCGCAUAUUCCCUGUUCGGCCCAUCCCAGUACCCCGAGAGCGUUGCGUUUUGGCAUGAUCCCUCCCCGCCGGCGGCGAUGGCCGUCUCUGCGUCAUAUCCGCCUAAACAGCCCACGUUGGAGCAGCCGCCCACGCUGCUCCAAGCCAUCCCGGACCAGAAGAAACAUAAACGGACUCGGAGCGGCUGCUUCACCUGCCGUGCUCGCCGCAUCAAAUGCGACGAGGGACGUCCCACCUGCGAACGCUGCCGGAAAGGAAGUCGGGACUGCGUCUAUCCAUCGCCCGCGGCGCCUUCCAAGGGCGCGCGAGCCGCGGGUAAAUCGCGCAACAGCCGUCCACCAUCUCAGGGAAGUGAUUCUUCUGGUAAAUUUGAACACGAGGAAGUAAAUUCCCUGGAGCCCAUCAUCGACGAGGAGGAACCCGAUGGUGCCGGAUCCGGAUCGCGGCCGUCGCCGUCAAGCGGUGCGGGCCCAGCACAGCCUGAUCUAAGCAGGACGCAGAGCGACCAUUCUCCGCAGAAGCGCAGCAUGAAGCAGGUGUCUGAUGUCGGUUCAUUUACCGUGGAUCCGAGCAGCUCUCCUUCAACUGAGGGAUCGCGCUUCGAAUCCAUGAGCGUUCGGUCGCUCAGCAUCAGCCACUCCAUCUCCGAACUACUCAGCACGGCCCGGCUCCCAGAUGAUUUACGGUUCUAUCUGAAUUUCCAUCAAGAAUCCAUCUCCCAUGAACACUUCUUUCUUAGGUCGGGCAGCGCUCGCUUCAUCCAUCACAGCAUCGUCGAACUUGCCUUGGGGUAUGAACCUUUACUGUACGCCCUGGUGGGCUUCUCGGCAUAUCACCACACUCUGCAGUCUCCCGGAGGAAAGGUUUAUACAUUCCUCAAGUACUAUAAUAAAGCCUUGGUUCUUUUGCGCAAAUCACUUGGUUCCGGGGAGGAACACACCGAGGCAACACUGUGCACGGUCCUGAUGUUGACAACCUUUGAGGAGUAUAUCGGCGACUGGGUGAACCUGAUCGACCACCACUCAGCGGCGCACGCGCUGAUGCGCGAGUUGUUGACUCCCGAGUCUUCCAACUUGAUCGAGCUCCAUACCAACAUCUUCCUCUGGUACGCGCGUUUUGACGUCGUAGCAGGUAUUGUGGCCGGCACAGAAGCGAUUCUCAGUCGGGAUUGGUACACGACGAAGGAGAAAUACGAUGAGGAGCAGGCCGCCCUCUACCCGGACGACGCGUACAAGCAGCUCGUGCUUGUUGCCUCGAUCAACCGACGUUUCGGCCUCGACAUGGCUUCACUCUAUGCGAAACUAUCGCGCGGCAUGAUCCCGAUGGACGAAUUCGCCGUGCAGAACGAAAAGCUGGGACAGACGAUGGAACGGGCGAAAGGCAUCCUCAGGGAGUUCGAUGACUCCGAAUACACUGUCCGCUCCUAUCCGAACAAAAAGCCCCUUACGGAAGACGACAUUGUGGACCCUUAUACGUCUGGCGCUAUACAUCAGGGCCCGUUGUGGGAUGCCAAUUACGCCUGGAUCGAUCUUCUUUCGACCGACACGAUGUUCAAAUACCAAUCGAUGCUCACUUUGCAGCAACCACUUCUUCCGGAGCUGGCCCAGUUGGCUUUCGAUCAGUGUCGCUUGAUUGAGACGAUGGACCGCUGGCCGGGUAAGGGGAAUGGACAUUGCAUUGGCUUCAAAAACAGCAUCGGUAUGGUGUCUAUGUUCCUUCCCAAAGACCAGAAGCACCAGAUGUGGGCUCGGCGCAAGAUUGCUAUGAUGGAACAAAACGGAUACAUCAUCGCCCCUCGAUUCCGUGCCGCCCUCGCCGCAAUCUGGCAACUCCCCGAAGUCCAGCACUGGUGGCUCCCCGACGACGAAGGCUACACAGAGGUUAUUCGCGAGAUCCGCGCCAUUUCAGAAGAACGCAUGGAUCAGCCCCGCGAUGAACACCGCGAGAACGUGCGGGAUAUGAAAGGGCUUUUCUGGAAACUGAGCGUUGACGAUCAGGAAGAUGACCAGAGCCCGGGAAGCAACCAUAGUGCUGUUCCUUGA